UGAACACUUGCUGCAUUUCUCUCCUCUUUGUGCUUGACAAGUUGUCAUUUAACAUGGAACUUAAUUUUAAGCACCAACUUGGCCUUGUUUGUGUGACACUGCUCUUACCUGCCAUGUGUACCUCUUUGGACAAUUUUACGCCCUCCAGAGCAACCUAUUACGGUAGCCCAGAUGGCUAUGGAAAUCCAAGGGGAGCUUGUGGCUUUGGCUAUUAUGGCAAGACGGUAAACGAUGGCAGAGUAGCAGGCGUGUCAGGGUUAUGGAAGAAUGGAGCUGGCUGUGGUGCAUGCUAUCGGGUUAGGUGCAAAAUACCACAAUACUGUGAUGAAUAUGGAGCAUAUGUGGUGGUGACAGAUUAUGGUGAGGGAGACAGAACAGACUUCAUCAUGAGUCCACGUGGCUAUUCAAGUUUGGGUAGAAAUGACGAUGCUUCUGCAGAGCUUUCCAAAUACGGUGUGGUUGAUGUAGAAUACAAAAGGGUUCCCUGCAAAUACGGUGGCAAUAAUAACGUCUUGCUUAAGGUCCAUGAGAGCAGCAAAAACCCUUACUACUUAGCGAUUCUCGUUCUCUAUGUUGGUGGAACAUACGAUGUGACUGCUAUGGAGUUGUGGCAGGAAGAUAGCAAAGAGUGGAGGCCAAUGCGUAGGGCCUAUGGGGCAGUGUUUGAUGCUGCUAACCCUCCUAGGGGUGACAUCAAGAUGAGGUUCCAAGUAAGUGGUAGUGCAGGACUGAAUUGGGUGGAGUCCAAGAAUGUUAUCUCUUCUAAAUGGAAGGGUGGAGCUGUUUAUGACACACAAAUUCAGCUUGAUUAAAAAGAAAAUGCACUUUUCAAAUCCCAGGAACACAAGUCAUAGAGUGACUAUAUAUAAUUAUAUAUGACUAGUAUUUUAUAGUUUGUCUAUCUAAAAUGUUCCUAUGUGGUGGGUGGGGAUAGUGCUCUUUGUAUUGGGGAAUAAAACUGUG